AUGGCCGAAAACAACGAGGAAUACACUUACGAAAAAUUACUGGAAACUAUUGCCCAUGAAAUCGCUCAUUGUAUUGUUUAUGAUUUAUAUGGUGAACACAAAGGGCAUGGUGAUAAACACAAAAUAAUAACCGAAGAACUGAAACACUAUUUACUGACUGACAAAACUAUGAAAAUAUUGCAAAAAGAUUGA